CCAACGAGAGGAUAAAUCGCCCAGGCUAUACCAGCGUUGCCAAAUCACAAGAAAUUUUUUUGGUGCCAUAGAUAAAAUGUUCCAUGUUGGUAUUCCAAUUUCCAACGUAUUCUUGGUUUUUGUGUUGACGUUAGGUCGAUUGUUCUUCUCUGGUUAGGUUAUAAUUGUUUUAUUCAAAGUGUGUCUGUUUUAAAACAAGAAACAAAAUGUCUGUGAUGUGCUUUAUAUGUGAUAAAAUGUUCAGUACACAGUCAUCUUAUAAUAGACAUGUACGAGAAGUGCAUAGGGAAAAUGAGGAACCUGUAUCUUAUUCAACUCAAGACGGAAAAGGAACUAAUUUAAGUAAUUGCUGCCUUGAACCAGGGUGCAAUUGUGCAUUUAAAACAAUUAAGGACUUGGUGAAACACCUGCAAAAUGUCCAUCUAAUAAAUUUUGAAACUGAAUGUCUGGCCAUGGAUAAUAUAAAUGAGUUUAAUAAUUGGAAAUCCAGUAUAGAAUUAGAGAAUAAUUGUUAUUACGUCUGGAAGAGUAGAAAUUGUAGUACUAUUAGAGAAAUAGUAUAUUACAAGUGUAAUAGAAGUAAAACAAGCUAUACUUUGAAAGAAAAUGACCAAAGAACAAAAUUGGUGAAAAGUCAAGGAUCUUGCAAGAUGAAUAAUGCUUGUACUAGUGAAAUAAAGCUUAUAAAAGAAAAUAAUGCAAUUAAAGUAGAGUGGCAAAAAGUUCAUUAUGGCCAUACAGUAGAAAUACAACAUAUUAGAUUACCAACGAGAGAAAAGCAAAAAAUUGCAACAAAGCUGUUUAAUGGUGUGCCGCCUAAUAGAAUUUUGGAAUCCACACGAGACAACAUUGGACACCAAUUAAAACGAGUUGACAUGUUAACAUCAAGAGAUAUAUCUAAUAUAAAAGUUUCUUAUGGUGUAGAAUUAAAAGAUGGAAGAAGAGACUCCAAUGAUGCUUUCUCUGUUGCUUUAUGGGUUCAGGAAUGUAAGCAACUUAAAGAAAAUCCAGUUUUAUUUUACAAGGAGCAAGGAAAAGAAGAUGAUAUUUUAAAAGAAGAUGAUUUUUGCUUAAUUAUAAUGAACGCAUUUCAAAGGCAAAUGAUUAAACAAUUUUCCAAAAUCAUUACCAUUGAUAGUACCCAUGGCCUUAAUGGGUAUGAUUUUGAAAUGACCACUAUUAUGAUAAUUGAUGAAUUUCAUCAUGGUUUCCCAGUGGCAGAAAUGUUCACGAAUAGAAAAGAUACCUUAGUACAACGCAUCUUCUUUUCAGCAAUUAAGGACGUAGUAGGUGUAAUUCAUUGUACAUAUUUCAUGUCCGAUAUGGCUGAAGUGUUUUUUAAUGCUUGGUUCUACAUAAUGGGUCCACCAUAUCCGCAACACUUAUACUGUUCUUGGCAUGUAGACAGAGCAUGGCAAAGUAAUUUAAAUAAAAUUUAUAAUAAAGAAAAAAGAGCAGAUAUUUAUAAAAUUUUAAAAGUAUUGCAGCAAGAUACUAGUGAAUCAGACUUUAAUCCAGCUCUUGAAAGUGCCUUAACUCAUAUGUGCAGUAAUAAUGAUACAAAACAUUUUGGAGAGUAUUUCGCUAAUACAUAUGGCCAUAAUUUUAAAAAAUGGGCUUACUGUUUCCGAAAGGAUGCUCAUAUUAACACAAACAUGCAUUUAGAAUCUAUGCAUAAAGUAAUAAAAUACUUUUAUUUAAAACGUAAAACUGUGAAACGUCUUGAUAAAGGUCUAAAUGUGGUACUAAAGUUCAUACGAGAUAAAUGCGUAGAGAGAAUAAUUAGAUUAAGUAAAGGUGAACAUACACAGAAGACAAAAUUAUUAUCCAAAAGUCAUCAGAAAAGCCUUACAAAAAGCGAUGAAUACAAUAUUAUUACAUUAAAGAAUAAACGGAGCUGGAAUAUUUUUAAAAAUGGAGAUAUAUCAUAUACUGUUCAACAAAUAAUGGAUGUAAAAUGCUGUGAAGAAAUAUGCUUGUUUUGUGAAGUAUGCAACCACAUGUUUUGUUGUAACUGUAUGUAUUUUAAGGAAAGCAGAAAUAUGUGCAAACACAUUCACAUGACAGCCUCAUACAUAUGUAAAAAAGCAAAUGAAAAUGCUAAUGUUUCUGAUAAGAAUAUUUUAAUAUCAGAAACCUUAACAGCUCUUUCACAAACCCAACCAUCAAAUAGUUCAGAAUCCAAUAUACAUAAAAUAAAAAUGAUGAUAGUCCAAUUGGAAGAUUUAGAUUUUACUAAACUUGACGAUGCCAUUAUAGGUAAAAUCUAUAAUCAUUUGUCAAUUAUUAAUAAAAUUACUAACUGUUCAGAGGUUUCAAAUUUACAAACCAAAAAGUUUAAUGAAAGAAGUGUUUCCUUUAAGAGGUAUAUCGAGCCUCAAAUAAGGUUUACAUCUACCAAAAAGAGGCGUAGUGAAAAAAGAACUUUUGUUCGGGCAUCACCAGAUGAGACCAAAAUAAUUAAAGCCAAUUUACUAAUACACCCAAAGAAAAUGAAUGUACCCAAUACAAAUUAUUUGUAAAUCAGCCUUAUCAUUAUCAUUAAAUGAUCAUCAGUAUUUAACGUAAUUUUAUUUUUCUAAUCUAAUGUAAUUAAUUAUCGCUUACCGCCAUAGGCAUUCCAUGUCAAUCUUAAAAUUUACAUGUGCAAAAUUAAACGCAUAUAUACGUUUUCAUGUAUUUUUUAUAGUCUUAUUUACUUAUUUUUUAACAUUAAUUUUUAAUAAUAUAUUUAUAGAUUUACUUUAUUGGUUUUAUAGAUAUACCUAUAAUAUGUUUUAUUAUUAUUUCUUAAUUAAUUGUAAAUACCUAUAAUAUGUUUUAUUAUUAUUUCUUAAUUUAUUACUCUCGUGUAAUAAAAUUACUUCUUUAAGGUUUCAAUUUUUGUGAAAAUAAAUAUUUUAAAUACCUACAAAAUGGAACCAAAAAUAUAAUAAAAACCCCUUCCGAAUAAUUAAGUGGUAAUAAUAGAUAAUAAAGGAAUUUUGAAUUUUCCGCCAAGUAUUAACGACAUAAAGUGGACAAUUUGGCAACGUUGGUAUCACCUGGGCGAUUUAUCCUCUCGUCUGGAAUAUGGCGCCCAACUUGAUUAGACCUUCUGCGCAUGUUGACGCUCAUUCUCUAUCCCUUCUAUUUCUCUGCUCCUACGUAAUACCGCAUAAAGAAGAAAACGAACAGGGAAUUAAUCAAAGACACCUUUUAAUGUCUUUGGUUUUGUUCUUUUUAAUGUUUUAAUGUUUUGUAAUUUUGAUUCUUGGGUCUGACCCGUUCCUCCAUCAGCUCUUCUAGGUCUGUCUCUGUAUCCGAAAAUUCGGACGCCUCAGAUUCUUCGGAAGAUUCAAAAUCGCUCAUUUCUUUUCUUAAUUUUUUGAAGAAAAAAACACUAAAUAAAAACUACACACGUUUUGUAUGUUAAGUUUACCAAUAUUAUUGACGUCGGGUCGCAAUACGCAUGCGCCGGACACUUUACUUGCAAAAGAUCCGCGAACA